CUUAGGGCAUUAUCCUGUUUGCCAUGUGACCAUCACAGGCCUUUUUAUCGAAGUAUGCACUUUUAAGGCAUCUAUAUUAUAUGUAAAGGGUUUUUACCCAGAUAUUUUUCUUUUGUGGCUCAGCUAGCAUCCAGUUUAAAAAAUGUCUGUCGUCACGUUCGAGAAACCUAUGCAGCAUGUCAGCUUAGCUGACUGGUACGCAAAACAAUGGCAGAUGCAACAAACCAACGACACAAGACGAAAUGAUUCCUUUUGUAUGAGGCACGAACUGAGGCAAUUACGGAACGAAACAAGGAUCAGAACCGAAUGGGAUACCUAUCAUAACAACGUUAGACUGGCUGAUAGAAUCACUGAAGUCGAUAGAUGGAGAGACGUUUUGAUUUCUUGCUUGGACAGAGUAAACCACGAAAUAAAGUUGUUGAAAGAUGAAAAGUUUGAUACCGAAAGAGAAUUGGAUGCUCUUGGAAUACCACUGGGGAUAAUAUCGGAAUGUAUUUCAAUGAGAGAUUGCAGACAAGGUACUGAGCUCACAUAUGACGAAGGAGAUACAGAACUAAAAAAAGAACUGUGUUUGGUCGAAAACGUAAAGAGAAUGUUAGUGGAGAGAUGUCAGUCGGCAUGGGAAAAACUCAAUAAAUUGGAAGAAGUAAAGUUUUAUCUGAAUCUAGAUAUUAACGAUAAAAGCGAAGCUUAUGAAAUUGAUAAAGAUCAACUCACGUUGGAUAAAAAUUGUGCGAAUAUCACAUUUAAAAUCGAUCCUCUAAGGGUAGUGAAAGGUUCUGUUCCAUAUGAAACCUGGCUGGAACACACACGAAACACCAAACAGCUAGCCGAUAAUGAACUAGCUGAUACCCUCAAACUCAGAGAGUCUCUAUUCGUGGUAAGAGAAAGAGCGCGCAAUGACAUGUUGGCUCAAAGAGACCGCGUGGAUUUUAUCUUGCGCAAACGCAUCUAUGACAUCCAGAGGGUGAGAAAUGAGAUCGAAUGGCAGCAGCUGAAGAUGAGGGAAGAAAUGGAGAAGGUGCUGAAGGAAAUACGAGAUUUGGAAGCUGCUCUUCUAGCAAAAACUGAUGCAUUGAAGUUGGCAGAAACACGACUAGAAAAUCGAUCUUAUAGACCUGGUGUUGAGUUAUGCCGCGACGAACCAGAAAAAGGACUAAAGGAGGAAGUCCUCCAACUCCGCCAAACCCGUAAAGACCUACAAGACAAAAUCGACUGCGCCAAAGCUACCUACAACGCUUUGGAGGACCAACAAGUCAGAAUCGAUAAAGAUUUGGACGACAAAGGCCAGGGGCUGAUGACGGACAUUCGAUGUCUAGACAUGAGAAUUAGACUGAGAACUGGAGAGUUUGCAGGACCUGCAACUUCUACGGACCGGAAUAUUCAGUUGACCAGGAUGGAGAAGGAGAUUCCACCUUCGUAAAAGUUUGGUUUGCUCUAUAUCCGUUGACAUCUGACAUUUUGCCUAGCAUUUUUUGUGGUCGAUGGAUAAUAAACGUUUAAAAUUC